AUGAGGCCGAACAGGUCUCCAGAGGAGAGCACUGAGGGAGAUCCCGGGAGAACAGAGUGGAAGCCCACGGCCACAGAUGCUUUCAAAGACAUCUCCGUAUACUUCUCCAAGGAAGAAUGGGAAGAGAUGGGAGAAUGGGAAAAAAUCCGAUAUAGGAAUGUGAAAAGAAACUACGAAGCGCUGAUUGCUAUAGGUUUCAAAGCCACUCGACCGGAUUUCAUGCAUCACCGCAGACAGGUCAUCAAACCCCAGGUAGAUGACACUGAGGAUUCUGAUGAAGAAUGGACACCAAGGCAGCAAGGUAAACCUUCUUCGAUGGCCUUCAGAGUGGAGCACAGUAAACACCAGAAGAGAAAGGCCAGGGCACCAUUAAGUAAGGAAUCUAGUUUGAAGGAAUUGCCGGGAGCAGCAAAAUCGCUGAAGACAAGUGGCUCCCAGCAGGCUCAGAAACCAGUGCCCCAUCACAGAAAAGCAAGGACCCCUGGACAGCACCCCAGACAAAAAGUCGAACUCAGAAGAAAGGAGACUGGAGUGAAGAGGUACAGUCUACGGGAAAGAAAGGGCCACGUGUACCAAGAGGUCAGCGAGCCCCAGGAUGACGACUACCUCUAUUGUGAGGAGUGUCAGAACUUCUUCAUCGACAGCUGUGCUGCCCAUGGGCCCCCAAGCUUUGUAAAGGACUGUGCAGUGGAAAAGGGGCAUGCCAAUCGCUCAGCCCUCACUCUGCCCCCUGGGUUAAGCAUCAGACUGUCGGGCAUCCCUGACGCUGGGCUUGGAGUGUGGAACGAGGCGUCCGAUCUGCCGCUGGGCAUGCACUUUGGCCCCUAUGAGGGCAAGAUCACAGACGAUGAAGAGGCCGCCAACAGUGGAUACGCCUGGCAGAUAACCAAAGGGAGGAACUGCUACGAGUAUGUGGAUGGAAAGGACACGUCUUGGGCCAACUGGAUGAGGUAUGUGAACUGUGCCCGGGACGAUGAGGAGCAGAACCUGGUGGCCUUCCAGUAUCACGGGCAGAUCUUCUACCGAACCUGCCAGGUGGUCAGGCCAGGCUGUGAGCUGCUGGUCUGGUACGGGGACGAGUAUGGUCAGGACCUUGGCAUCAAAUCUUCUACCGAACCUGCCAGGUGGUCAGGCCGGGCUGUGAGCUGCUGGUCUGGUAUGGGGACGAGUAUGGCCAGGACCUUGGCAUCAAGAGGGACAGCAGGGGGAAAAGCAAGCUCACGUCCGGGAGAGAACCGAAGCCCAAGAUCCACCCAUGUGCCUCCUGCUCUCUGGCCUUCUCCAGUCAGAAAUUCCUCAGCCAACACACCCAACGCAGUCACCCCUCUCAGACCCUCCUGAGACCAUCUGAAAGAGACCUCCUCCAACCAGAGGAUCCCUGCCCAGGCAAUCAAAAUAAGCGAUAUUCAGAUCCACACAGGCCGAGCGACAAACCUGAGGAACGGGUUCAGGAGGCUGAAGUCCGCCCGGCCACCAGAAGACACCAAGGGGAGAGUGGGCCACGGGGCGGCGGGCGGAGGGUGCGAAGUCCAGGACUCGGGGCAACGGCCCUCAGUUCCCUCCGUGUGCCAGGAAGGGAAGCCACGUAAACUCCCCAUCUUCUGUGGCUUCAGGCCGGGAACACGGGAGGGGGAGUUAGGGGUGGUGCAGGCAGAGGGGCUUCAACUGAAAACGGACAGCGGCCAGGCCCCACCUGACACCGGGACUGCCCUGCACGGUCACACAAGACACCAGCAGUCACGGGACGGACAGCCAGCUGCCUCCGCCGCACGCUCCACCCUGACCACGGCGGCCCCGUGGCUGUACCAGCCCCGCCUGCACGUGGCUCUGCUUGGCUGCCAGGGCUCGGGGACCCUGGGUGAGUGGGUGAGGGCAGAGUUCCAGAGGCCAAGCCUGUCUUCAGCCGCCAGACCGGCCCUGGUAACCAGACUCAUGAGCCCAACUGGUGUCUGA